UUGUUUAUUUUCAAUUUUUGUUCACCUUUUGCUGUGCCUCCAUUGACGGCUUUUGUUAAUUUAUUAUUUUUUCGGCAUUGCACCUUGUACCGAGGUAAAUAUUUGCCGAAAAAUUGAUAACAAAAUCUACGUUACUUUAUUGUUCCGCAAUACGCAAUCAAACAAACAAAUAAUUAGAAACUAUGGACAAAUGGGUGGCGCUGAAUAGCCAGACCGGCUGGAAGGACAAAGUAGCACGUCUUAUUCAGUACCUUUCCCGAGCCAUUUGGGACUUCCUAGAGAGUAGAGAUUCAAACCCCGCUGUGGCCGAUCAAUUCAAAACUUUGGAAUACAUUCUCAGCUCAUUCCGAAAGCUGCUCCGAUUUGGUAAAUGCCUCGACUUAUUCUACGCUUCACUGAAAACCUUCCACUAUCCCGAUGCCGCCAUCAGAGUGACCCUCACACUGAGCAAAUUAUCCCAGGCUCUCUACCUCAUUGCAGACCAUCUGAUGUGGCUCUCCCGCACGGGACUCUUCAAAAGCAUCAACGCCCGCAAAUGGAGUCAAACCGCCAACAAGUAUUGGCUCCUCUCGAUCACGAUGAAUCUCUGUCGGGAUGUCUAUGAGAUUCUACGACUUGUUGACUUGCAUCGAGCUGCACGCAAAUCAGGCGUCGCAAAUACACGACUAUCAGCGUGCAUAAGAUCCCCUAGGGAUUUCCAACGACUUGCUCUGCAGUCCUAUGGAGUUCUCUAUGGGCACAGAGAUGUUGUCGUGGAUACUGUAAAGAAUGUGUGUGAUUUCUUUAUCCCAUUCGCUGCUCUGGGAUAUGCAAACCUAUCGCCGAGAACAAUUGGACUUUUGGGAACAAUCUCAUCUAUGGCUGGUAUAAUGGUAAUGGCAGAACCUUCCACACAACUUUUACCGUCUUAAAAGUCACCUUAAGUACGCAAUGUAUUUGGAAUUUUUGUUGUAAACGUAUUUUUAAUCUUAACUAUUUUAUUUAAUGCACAAACAUUUAUUCAUUUUAUUUAAUAUGUAUGUAAAUAAACUUGAACUAUUGGUGGAGAGAAUUAAAGUACCUACUUUCUUUUGAA